GUAUGCUUCUGGACGUCUUCCUAGAGACCAACAUUCUCACCUCAUGGGUCUCCAUCUAUCUGGCGCUGCCCAUUCUAUCCAGCAGCGCCUUCAAUCCCUGGAUCUACGGCUAUCGCAACUCAGAACUGCGGGCGGGAGUUCGCCGAGUCGUCGACGACUUUCUGAGCAUAUUGGGAUUCACAUAUCGAAGCCAGCAAAUAUCAGACCGCGAUCAAAUACCUCCUAGUGUGGCUGCGACCGCAGGAGAGCCUGCCUCAUUCAUCAACCACGUCCAACGGGACGCGCUUUGCUGGAAGCCCGAAGGCGAUUUCCUGCUGGUUCCGAUCGCCAGGCCGGAAAGUUCGGGCGUGGUUUCCAGCAUGGACAGUCCGAAGCUGUUCUGCAGCAAUCCGAAGAUUAUUCUGCCGUGUGAAACGCCCCGGCUGCUGCUGAAGAGCAGCAGGAGCAUGGUGGAGAGUCUGGCAAUGGUCAGAGGCUCGGAUGUGUUGAUAGUGAAGGGCGCCCAAGUGAUGAAACAUGGCUCAAGUGUUUUAUAGAGCUGGCAGAGUCAAGCCAAAUGACCGACUGAGAUUAUCUGGGAACAACUGCUGAGCGACUGGAUGAAGAAGGGGAUCAAUUGUUAGCAAAUUAUACCUAUAUUACUGUAUGGUUCUAAGAAUCUUGUCGUAAAAAAUAUUUUUAUCUUGCCAGAUAUAAAUCGUGUUAUAUCCGAGAGGGUUAGGGACAUUUUUGAACAGUAUUAGGGAUUUGCCCCGUUGCCAAUUUAUGUUUUUAUAAGUAAAAACCCAAGAAAAUGUAUCUAACAGCGGGAGUUUUAUUUCACUUCUUUUACCUUUAGGUGGCAGCUAGACAGAAGAAAAAAGAGGUAAAAGAGCGCCAACAUGCC